AUGAACACGCUAGGUGACGUCUUCCCAGUGCAAAUGAGUCCCAUAGCCCAGUGUCAGUUUGUGCCCUUGGCUGAAGUUCUUUGCUGCACUAUAGCUGAUAUGAAUGCAGGUCAGGUGGCUGUGACACAAGAAUCACUCUUGGAGCACUUGGUGAAACUUUACCCAGGUAUUGCGGUUCCAUCCCCAGACAUUCUCUACAGCACACUGGGGGCUCUAAUUCAGGAGAGGAAGAUCUACCACACUGGAGAGGGCUACUUCAUAGUUACACCAAACACUUACUUCAUCACAAAUACACCCAUACAGGGAAAUACAAGUGCCCUCCGACCAGAAGAAGGGUGCUCUGCACCCACUUCUGUGACCUAUCUGGUGAGCGUGGACUGCUGUGCAGAACUGGUCCAGGAAAAUUGGGUCCCUGUCUCCCACUGCCCAUCAUGUCAGUGUUUCCUUGAUACAAGCAUGCAGGACACUAAGGACCCACUGGCUGAUGCAGAGGAGACUAGAAAAAACCAGGAAGGUCUUGAACCCAUGCCUUUGACUAGGAACCACAUUGUUUCAGCACCUGAAGACACCCACAUCUGUGUGAGCCCCAAACCAUUACCAUACACCAAAGACAAAGGCAAAAAGUUUGGUUUCGGUUUCUUAUGGCGCAGCUUAUCUAGAAAAGAGAAGCUGAAAACAGAGUAUCACAGUUUUUCUGCUCAGUUCCCGCCCGAAGAGUGGCCCGUCCGAGAUGAAGAUGGCUCCAACAACAUCCCCCGAGAUGUGGAACAUGCAAUAAUCAAAAGAAUUAACCCUGUGCUGACUGUUGACAACUUAAUCAAACACACAGUCCUAAUGCAAAAAUACGAAGAACAGAAAAAAUAUAAUAGCCAGGGUACUUCCACUGAUGUACUGACAACCAGGCAGAAGUGUUCUUCUAAAGAGGGAAUUCGGAAAAGGCAGGGCCGGUGUCCCAAGCCUCACAGGCGGGGCUGUUCUCAUAGGGAUAGACACAAAGCAUGGAGCCAGGGGAAUGAGCUUGAGCCGGGAAGCAUUGGACUGGAAAAGCACCCCAAGAUCCCUGCAGCCCAGCCUGCUCCCAAAAUGAGCAGCCCCAGUGAAGAAAUUCAGCAGUUGCAUGGUGGGAAUCCAGCUGUACUAGGUUCCCAAUUGAUUUAUAAAAAACAGAUCAGCAAUCCUUUCCAGGGCAUGCAUUUCCGAGGACACCCAGUAUCCAAAGGGCCCAAUGUACAGAAGAGCCAGGAUCUGAAACCUAGUCCGGAUGGGUCAGAGGAAAAGUCUUUCCAGAGGGCGGGGUCUUCAGGUCCUUCUAGCGCCUUUGAUGGUGGAGCCCAAGAGCCAUAUGUGGAACAGUGCCCUGAUAAACAGGAAGCAGAAACCAUGCAUGCGAUGAAGGCUCCUGUCCAUCCUGUCUGUGACGUCAGAGGUGGCCUAGGAAAUUACCCUCCACAUAGUGUUUUGCUAAGCCACCCUCGGUGCUGUUCCUUCAGGGAAGGCAUGUUGAGAAGUGGAGUGUAUAAUGAAGAAAGCAAGGUCAUCCCUGAAGUCUUGAGGAAAAGUCAUUCUGACUGUGACAUGUUCUUGGGGCCCAAAGAAAUGCAUCGGGUCCUGCCGUCACAAACUUCCCCCUCUUUGGAACCAGUAUCCUGUGUGUGUACAUCAGUGGAUAAGACGAUAUACCAGUUCCAAAGCCUGAGCCUCUUAGAUUGCCCAGCUGGGGCAAACCAUUUGAGGACACAGGAAAGACAAGAUGGUGACUCAGAAGAACUAACUUGGAAGGUGUUUGUCCCAGAGGCAGAGAUUGUGACUAUGGAAAAUGAGGGGCUCUCCGGCAAUGAGCAGGAUAAGGCAGCCUUGAACCAGAGUGACGUUGGGGUGGAUGAUGGGGCCUGCAGUUCACUGUAUCUGGAGGAUGAUGACUUCUCUGAGACAGAUGAUGACUCCUUUCACACACUACCUGGACACACUGAGUGUUCCUUUGCAGGCAGAGACGGUCAGAAUCGUUUGGGAAGACCAAUGGUGACUGGAAGAUCUCUGACUGAAUGCAAUAGCAAAACUAAUAGGUUUGAGCCUCUGACACUUAAAAGGAAUCACUGGUACAAGGCCACUGGGUUGUUUGCAAAUUCAGGGGAAGGCGCAAACCCUGAUCUCACUGACAGCCCUGGCCUAAAUUCAGGGACUCCACUUGGUUUCAGUUACGAAGGAGAGCCCACUGCUGCCUGUGUCCAGGCCCCAGCAGCCACUGGUGGUAGUUUACUUAAAUGCUCUACUGUAAGGAAAACCAGUUGCGGGGCUGAGAUCCUGCGUGAUUCUCUUGGUGACACAGGAAAGAAUCCAACUGGCUGGAGACAGAGCCCUCCAAAUCAGGAAAUGGAAAAGCAUCUCACAGACAAAUUGCAACUCUUCAACACCUCACAUGUGCAAGUGUUGGCUCAGGAGCCACAUCCAGAGCACAGUGGCCUUGAAGGGACAGAGAGUUAUAGCAUGACAGGAGACAGUGGGAUUGAUUCCCCGAGGACACAGAGUCUGACAUCUAACAAUUCUGUCAUUUUGGAUGGAUUUAAAAGAAGACAGAAUUUUCUACAGAACUGUGAAGGCAUGAAGAAGAGCCAAACGCUCCCAUCCAAUUCCCUGCUUCAAUUAACCCCAGUUAUAAAUGUCUAA